UUUACAGUUUUGCGCUACGUAAGAUGAAGGUUGUCGUCGUCGGGUCUGGCAUUGGCGGUAUCUCGGCCGCAUACCAUCUCGCCAAGGACGAGCACGAGGUCAUUCUUGUGGACCGGGAAAACUACGUGGGCGGCCACACGUACGCGAUCGAAGUCGAUGGCGAGUCGGUGGACCUCGGCUUUAUGAUGUUUGGCGACUCGAACCCGAACAUCAAGCAGUGGUUCAAGGACUUUGGCAUCACGAAGGAGGACGGCACGACGUACAAGCGCAUCCCGAUGUCGCUCUCGGUCGACUCGGACGUCCCGGGCGACAUGCAGUUUUCGUCGCGCAAGCCGUUUGGCUCGCUCCUCGAGCUCUUCUCGCUCAAGAAGUGGCGUGUGAUCUACGACAUUUACCAGUUUACGGUCGACCUCCUCACGAUGCCCGUCAAGUCGAACGUCUCGACAGCCGAGUGGGCCAAGAGCAGCAAGUACUCGGAGGCGUUCUUCCGCCACUACUACCUCCCGUUCGUCGCGAUCCUCUGGACGGUGCCCAAGCACGACGUCAUGGCGCUGCCCGCGUCGCAGUUCCUCCGCUGCCUCAAGACGCACUCCAACUCGCUCUACAUUCCGCUCUGGCAGGUGAUCAUGGGCGCGAUUGGUCGCCGCAUGGACCGCCCCAAGCACCUCUGGUGGUACAUUGGCUCGGCGUACAAGGCGCCGUUCCUCAAGUUUUUCACCGAGCACAAGGGCGUCGUCAAGACCAACGCUAAGGUGGUCGCGGUCGAGCAGGGCGGCAAGAGCGUGACGCUUGAGGACGGCGAGCGCAUUGACUGCGACCACGUCGUGCUUGCGUGCCAUGCCGAGGAGAGCGCGGCGCUCAUGCCGUGGUCGACCAAGAACAACAACUUGAUGGACUACUACUUCCACAAGAGCCACAUGUACGUGCACCGCGACCCGAGCUUCCUCUCGAACGACAAGAAGGCGUGGUCGAGCUGGAACGUGCGCAUCACGGAGAACGACGACUACAUCCUCACGUAUUGGAUGAACCGCAUCCAGCACCUCAAGACGGACCAGGACGUGUUUGUGACGAUCACGCCAGGUGGCUACAAGGGCAAGACGCCGGCCAAGGACCUCCUCAUCAUGGACUUUCCUUGGGACCACCCGCGCCGCCUCGCCGACUGCAUUCCCCAAGAUGACAUUCUCCAGGAAGACGGCAUUACGCUCUCGGGCGCGUGGCUCGGUCGUGGCUUCCACGAAGACGGCUUUGUGGCCGGUCGCCGUGCUGCGUUCAUUGUCAAGGACAAGGCGCACACCAAGACCGCCUUGUACGAGGACCCGGCCAACAUUGCGACGCCGCCUGUCCCGCCCUUUGGCAUGCCGCUUAGCGUCUCGGUGUUCUUUGCGUCCGUCGCGGCUGGCGCGGCCUUUGGUGCCUUUAAGGUCGCCGAACGCUACCUCAAGUAAAAUGCGUAAAUAGAAAGUGCAAUAUGAGUUGAUG